UUACCAAAGAGCAGCGACGGGCUCGUCACUGGAGAAAAUCCAAUUGAUCACCUGAAAACAGUCCCACCCAUUUAGAGCACACAUAAAUCAGCCUGCUAAAAACAGCAGGAGCGACUCUCUGACACAGUCACGGACACUUACAGUAUCUUUUUCUCCGGGAGGAUUUCACUGGACUUGCAGAGGUGGAAGAAGCGUGUUCCAGUUGAAUCUGAACUGAACUGGGAUCAAAAUGGGAAACGAGCAGUCCACCCACAAAGGGCUAACCCAGAAUGGGAAAGUUCCAGAGAAGCAUGAAAAUGGAUCAGCGAACGGCAUCGCUGCAAACAUCACAUCAACUGGAAUUGAGAUUGAUGCUCGAGGUGACACCACAAUCAUCCAGAACAACGAGCCCUUCUCUCUGGACCUCGCCACCGAAUCAACAGAGCCGGAUUUUGUGGUGGUCGAAUCGGAACCUGCUAUGGCCGAAGUCAUUCCUGAAAUCCCUGAAAUCCCUGAAAUCCCUGAAAUCCCUGAAAUCCCCGAAGCCCCCGUCCAGAUGGCAGAAGUCAAGAAGAGUAAAUCAAAGAAAACUUCCGUCUUUGGCAAAAUGUUCAAAACAAAAACAGAAGCUCCGGCAGAUGUCAAGAAGGUUCAACAAACAGAGACGUCAAAUGAAGAUGUAACGGAUGAAGGUGCUCCUGCUGCUGAUCCACAGCCGGAGUUGAACCCUCGAGAAGAAGCUGCUAUAACGAGCGUCAUCGAGAACCAGGAGGAGGUCGGACAUCCACAAAGAGCCGACACUUCGACGCAAACCGACAGAACAACCGAAGUCGACAUUGCAACGCAAACAGAUGAAGAUGAAGACACAACUGUGAAGUCGUCUGAGAGCCCGGCGGAAGAGGAAGCUGCGAUAGAGUCGGUGAUGACUGAAGAGUCGCUGGAUCUGUCUGUCAUAAUUGCUGAGGAGGCUGUGGAGGAGACUGCGAAUGAGGAGGCCUCAGAUAGUCCGAUAGCUGCGAUCAUCGGUGACGAGGUGGUGGUGGUGACGGAGAACGAUUUGUUCGAGAGUCGUACGUUCAGAGCAGAGCUGGUGGUGGUGACGGAUCAUUUUGAAACCAGCCCGUGCAAUGCAGAGGACGAGAGUUUUAAUGGACCCGAGGAAACUGAGCCAGAAAUCGCUACGGAACCAGAAUCAGACCCAAACAGAUCCACGACAGAGGAGGAAGAUACGACUGUGUCACUGGAGGUCAUAUCCGGUCUUCCUAAAGUGGUGGCAGAUUGCAUUGAGCUGGUUUUCUCUGACGUUCCUGAAUCAAUCGACCUCGUUGAGCUGGAUGAAGAGAUCACUGAAGAAAAUGCUGAAGAAGCUGGAGACAUGUCAGCUGAUGUGGCGCUGAUCGAAACCACCGAACCUGAGGCUGAUGUCAUCACUCCAGAGCCCGAGGAAGAAAAUGGCGCUCCCUCCCUUUACGAAGAGAUAGUGACUCUGGUGACGGAAACUAUCUGUGAGGUCACUCAUGAGGACACAAAUCCUGAAAACCAAGACACAUCUGGAGAAGAACUUCCUGCCCUGAGCAAGACAGUGAUUCUGGUUAUGGAGGAAUCCGCCCAUGUUAACGUCACCACCGAUUACGCCGUUGCCCCAGAAACAAGCGAAACAGACGAACUGAGCCCUGUGAUCGACGAUGAACCCUCAGAGAAGUGUGACGAGGAAGAGACUGUCAUCAGUGAGCUCAGCACCACAGAGGAACUCCCUGGAGAUGAAGUCGAGCCUGAGACGACUCCUGACGCCAUCACUUCAGAUGAGAACGCUGAGAUAAGUGAGGAGUCUGACGUGGGACCAGAAACAGUUGACGAAUCACAGCCAAGUCUUGCCGUUGUCUGUGAGGGUGAUGAGAUGAUACCAGAGGCAGCGAUUGACGUCCUCGCUCAGGAAUUUGCCGUCGCUGUUCCCGAACCCCAGGAGCCUGCAGCAGAUAAUGAAAACCUGGUAGAAGAGGAGGUGAUCACUGCAACCGUGUUCAUGCCCCUCUCAGCAGAACAAGAAUUAGGCCUCACAGCUCCUGUGGACGAGACAAGUCUCCCACCCAAAGACCAGACAGUUGCUGAGCAGUUGAAUGAAGAAGCUAUAGAAGCUUUAUCGAACGAAAUUGAAGCGGUGCCUAAACGUCCAGAGGAAGAAACCACCAGCCAAAAAUCUGCCACUGAGGAAGAAAUCGCAGGGUUUACCAUUCCUGAAGAACCUGUAGCAGAAAGCAUCAAAACGCCAGAACAAAAUCUUCUUACCUCAGAGGAACCUACAGAAGAAAACAUGAGUCCUUGUGAAGAAGCUGCAACCACAGAGGAGUUGGAGAACACACUGGAAUCAGUUGUUGAAGCUGAUUCAGAGUUGCUUGAAGUCACGGAAAGGAUAGUCGAGGAAUCUGAAGAUGUUCCGGCACAAACUCAAAGCAUUGAAACACCAGAACCAAUUCUUUCUAUCUCAGUGGAACCUGCACAAGAAAAUCUGAGUCCUUCUGAAGAAGAUGCAAACACAGAGAGGUUGGAGAACGCACUAGAAUCAGUCGUCACGGAAAACAAAGUAGAGGAACCCGAAGAUGUGGAUGUGACCCCAGUGGAAGCCACAGAAGAGUCCGAGCCGAGUGUUUCAGUCCAAGAGGAGGAAGAGGAGACGGUUGUGAUGGAAGAUUCUGAUGAAGAAGCUCCACCUGUGGUUGCAUUCUUGAGUGAGCCACAGGCAAAACCCGAAGUGCUCGUGGUAAUCUUAGAGACAGCCAAGGAUGGAGUUACGCAGGAGAUCGUUUAUGAAACAGACAAUUCUGUGGAUGUUCCAGUCGAGAACUCUGAAACUUCAGAUGAGCCCGUGGCAAAGUGCGGUGAGGCCGUUCUCGAGACCAUCGAAGAAGAGCUCAUCGCGGAGGAGGCCGAAUGCGACGCCGUGACUUCAGAGGAGGUCGCACCAGACAUGGACGCUUUACGCGAGAGGUUGCAAUCAGCUUGUGCUUCAGUUGUCGUAGAAUCAGCAUAUAGUCUCGGCGGGUUAGAGAUCCUGACUCAGGGAUACAGUCUUACUAUCACCGUUCACGUGGCGCCGAACACAGAACAGCAAUAAAACCUUGAAGGAAUUUUGUGAAUGUUGUUUUUUUUUGUUUUCUAAAAAUAUCGAUCUACCUCAUUGUGUUUUAUCGCAUGCGGCAACAAUUGCAGCUGGAUUGUAAAAAGAUAUUUUGUCACAUAUUGAUGCAAAGUGCUUCUGUUUUUAUAUAAAUCGUCAACGAAAGGUUCACACUGAAGAACUGACAUGU